CUGUAUACUACCUACAUGUACAACUCUUCCGACUGUCAGAGUGAAGUUACGAACACGGAAUGAUCGAGGCUGCUGUCCCAGCCUGCACACAUCACCAGUGCACUGGCACUGGCCACACUGUUCUCCUGUGUGCUGGAAUGACAUUUUUGUGAUCCGUUCCCUGUCUGCUGCGGUGAGGCUCUGGCUUAAUAUAGACAGCAAUGAAGCGAGUAAGAAGUCAGAUGUGUUAGCCUGGUGUGAACUAGUCACGUUUUUAGGCUGUCCAGCUUCUCUUGUUGACACUACUUGUUGAUUAACAGCCAGAGAUUCUCAGGAAAGAUAGACUACACUUGUAUGUCAUAUAAUUCUGCCCCAGAUGUUUCUCAGUGCUUAUGCUGAAGUUCAAGUUAACUGUACCAGUUGGGUUGUCUUUAGCUGUUUGAAACAAGUUAUUUCCAUGGACGUCAGUGCUAUGAAUUUAACAGAAAGGUGGGAGAGGUUUAUCAUUGUCUGAUAUAAAUACUUACAGACUUUUAAGGAACUAUUGGUGGGAUUACCCUGUUCUUCAGGGAAAGUCUGAUAAAUCAGAAAGCCUUUGACUUCCUUGUGUGGGCAAUUAAACAAGGAAGUAGAUGCUAUUAAGCUAGCAGGUAUUAGUGACUAGAUGUUAACGUUCCCAUUGUAUGACUUUACUGUGAUAUGGUACCAGGAUACUUUGUGACCAAAAAAAUAAAAUAAUAUUUACAUGGUGAUUGACAGUGAGGAUUGCUAAUAUGCGACAGUGCAUUAAGGGUAGAAGAAAGGAAAGCAAAGAAGUUUUGUUUUGUAACGUAUGCCAAUGGUUCAUGGAGAAAAUGAGGAAACAAAGUUGGUAAAGUUUUUUUCAGUAAUUUGUCUAUGCCAGUGGUUCAUGGAGAAAACAAGAGAAAACAAAGUGAUGUUUUGUGCAGUGAUCUAUCUAUGCCAGUGCUUCUUGGAGAAAACGAGAAAGCAAAGUCAGUGAAGUUUUAUGCAGUGAUCUUUACAUGUCAGUGGUUCAGGAAGAAAACAAGGAAAGUAAGUCAGUAAAGUUUUGUGCUGUGAUCUGUUUAUGCCAAUGGUUCAUGGAGAAAACGGGGGCAUGCUGGAGAUGGAGAGGAAUUCCAUCACAGCCGAUGAGUCGCUGAUAGCCAAUCGUACUUUGUGGCUGCGGCAUGAACAGGUGGUCUACAUGCAGGCCAUGAAGCUUAAGCGGCAGCUGUACCACAAUCGGCAUGUCACGGCGGUGCAGGAGCAAUUAGUGCCGUCGCACCAGCUUGUCUCCGUCAUGGCCGAGCAGCAGCAGGAGAUGACCGCCAUGCAGAACCGCAUUCCCGCCUCUUUUCGUGAUCCAUGUGCUGCACCAUUGCGCAAACUCAGCGUAGAUCUCAUCAAGACGUACAAACAUAUCAAUGAGGUGUACUAUGCAAAGAAAAAACGACGGGCUCAGGUGGCCCAAGGGGACGAGUCUGGUCAUAAGAAGGGGCGUUCCAAUGUUCAGGUGUAUAAUGAUGGCUAUGAUGACGCUAAUCAUGAUUACAUUGUCAACACUGGUGAGAAAUGGAUGGACAGAUAUGAGAUUGACUCACUUAUUGGAAAAGGCUCAUUUGGACAGGUGGUUAAAGCAUUUGACCGCAUGGACCAAGAGCAAGUGGCCAUUAAAAUUAUCAAGAACAAGAAACCGUUCCUGAAUCAGGCUCAUAUAGAAGUACGCUUACUAGAGCUCAUGAAUAAACAUGAUGCAGAGAAUAAGUAUUAUAUAGUGAAACUCAAGAGACAUUUCAUGUUCAGGAACCAUCUGUGUUUGGUGUUUGAGCUGCUGUCCUACAAUCUCUAUGAUUUGUUACGGAACACAAACUUUAGGGGAGUGUCUUUAAAUUUGACCCGAAAGUUUGCCCAGCAGUUGUGCACAGCAUUACUAUUCCUGGCUACCCCGGAGCUGAAUAUAAUACACUGCGACUUAAAGCCAGAGAACAUUUUAUUGUGUAACCCAAAGAGAAGUGCGAUCAAAAUAGUGGAUUUUGGCAGCUCUUGUCGAUUAGGACAAAGGAUAUAUCAGUAUAUACAGAGUCGGUUUUACCGUUCUCCAGAGGUACUUUUAGGCAUUCCAUACGACCUGGCAAUUGACAUGUGGAGCCUUGGCUGUAUUCUGGUGGAAAUGCACACAGGGGAACCCUUAUUUGCUGGCUCAAAUGAGUUUGAUCAGAUGAUGAAAGUGGUGGAGGUUUUGGGUAUGCCUCCGAAGCACAUCUUGGAUCAAGCAACAAAAGCAAGACGGUAUUUCGAUCAGUUACCAGACGGAACAUACGUCUGUAAAAAACCAAAAGAUGGGAAAAAAUACAAGUCCCCAGGCUCAAGAAAAUUACAUGAUGUGAUUGGGGCAGAGAAUGGAGGCCCUGGAGGGAGAAGGGCAGGAGAGACUGGGCACACAGUCGCAGAUUAUCUCAAAUUUAAAGACUUGAUAUUGCGAAUGUUAGACUUUGAUCCAAAGACUCGCAUCACACCUUACUAUGCGUUGCAGCAUAACUUCUUCAAAAAGACGACAGAUGAGUCUACGAACACAUCCAACAGUACGUCUACAAGUCCUGCAAUGGAGCAGAAUAGUGUGUCCAGCCCCACAGUAAGUUCUCAGGGCAGUGGUCGCGCACGGUCCGACCCAACACACCAGCACCACUCGCAGCUCCAUGUGCACUCGCAUUCAGCUCACCAGGGGCAUGGAGUGCAGUACACGACUAUGGAGUGCGAGAGCCCAGGCUCCCAGCAGCAGCAGCAGCUGCCUCGCGGACAUCACCCUCUGCAGCAAGUUUAUCAGUGGAAUUCAGACGUACAGCAUGUGCAGGGCCGCCACAGUAAUGGCUCGCAUGGAACACACUCACAUUCCUCGCAUCAUCAUCGUCAACACCAUUCUCAGCAGUCACAACUUCAUCACUCGCCAUUGUCGUCAUCGUCACAGGUCACUUCCAGCCAUCUGGCUCAUACCAGCAUGCAUGGCAGCUCUCAGAGCCUGCCCCUGAGUGGUGGAACGCCUGGCUCUGAUCCCAGCCUUGCCUUCAUGACUCCUCAAGUCCAUAAUACGUCUGCGUCUUCCUCUGCAAUGUCAGUGGAAGUGGUGGGACCCCAGCCCCAUGUGAGUCUUGGCUCAACUCACUUACAUUCAAACAUGGACCCUCCCCAGCUGGCGGGCACUGUUAACAUGCAGCUGGCUGGCUAUCCAGCUGCUCAGUUUGGUCAAUAUCAGCACAACGCCUGGUCAGCACCAGGCUUUCCAUUCAGCUUAACCUCAAACAAUGCUAACUUAAGUCUCAGUGAGACGAGUAGUCAGCGCUCAAGAACAACUGCUGAGCGAGGGGACGACUCUCCUAUGGUCGGGGUCUGUGUACAGCAAAGCCCAGUUGCCAGUCAUUGACACAAACUGGCCAACUUUAGGAGAGAAGGCUUUCAAUUGGUGUCACUGUGAUGUAGAAAUGUGUGGUAAAUAUGCUGGCAGAUGCUGUGUAUUUGUUCUUGUGGUGUGUAGUCAAAAACAAACACAAGACACUGCACCCUGCAAUAAAUACCAAGAAGGGAGAAGCCAUGUGUGAUAUGCUAGUGCUCGAUACUGUUGUUGUAGCAAUCUAUCUGCGGUUGUUGAGGAUGGAUGUUGCUGCAGUUAGGCACUAGUCUAACUCAGGACUGGAUUGCAGAUGUGUGUCAAUUCUGUUGGAAGAUCAAGAGAAGAAAAGCCUUGUUCAAAUAAACGGGCAGACUCAAAGUCAUGAAUUAAAAAACACAUGAUCUCAUAAUUAUUCAAACAGAAUAUCCCGGUUUUGCAUGGAAGGGCUUGGUGUUAUGGUGGUGAAAUUAAUUUUAUUUCUGCCAAGCCAGCCUUUUCUGUAGACUAGCUGCUAAUCAUGAUUUACAAGUUUUCAAUGAUUGUGAGCAGGGCACUCCCCACUACAGAGGCAUUGGUUGCAGUUAUGACAAGCAAUUAUAAAAUUAGGAUAUAAAACGUUUAUGCUACAGUGUACUGAAUUGCCAAAAGGUGGGUCCUGGAUAUUCAUUAGGACUUAAUCUGUACAGGAACAUUUGAUCAUUGUAAAUAGACAUGACGGCUAUUUUGGCAAUCCUGUUCACUUGUCCGUGCGUGUAAGUUUGUGUACGGGGACCUUAUUGGCCUUCUCAUCUUGUGGACACACUCGGCUGGGCUGUCUAGAUGGUUACAUUUCCUACAGCAUGAUUCUUAUCUCAAAAAAGCUAGUCAGGACAGAGAGUGGGGCCCUUGCAGUAGCCUUCUGUGUCACAGCAGGAGUCUCCCAGAUCAGCAGCCCCAGAGGUGUACAUAGUGUAGAUACAAAGAGAUUUUAAUGUGUGCGUGUGAGUGUGUGUUCAAAAUGGGGACAUUAUCAAAUUCCAAGGCCACUGUAAUAUCAAGGUGGCAUGUGUUUAGCCGAUAUAUGAAGUGACUGCCAAACACCAUAGUAUACAUGUCUUGCAGUGUUUCUGACAGGCAUCACAAGUCUGGAGUAGCUGUGCAAGGUUUGUACAGGUCUGAACAGCAUGGUGUGGUUACAGAUGCUGUCUGGCAGAGAGAGGAAAGCGGCCACAGCUGGGCAGGUAAUGUCACCAUUGACUAAGGCGGAUCAGAACUGAAAGGACAAACUUUUAACUGUAUAAUACACAAGGAACAUGUUAUUGUCACUUAUUUAUUAAACUUGAAAAUGACCAAGAUUUUAGAUAAUGUUGUUGAACUAUGAAGAUAAGAUUUUUCUAAGAAGAUGUGUUAAAACACUAUUGCUGAAUGAUAAAUUCUUCCUGAGAGAACUUCGUAAAUUGAUUGCUACGAUUAUUAUUUCUGGACUGUCCAUUUUUUUUUUUUUUCAUUUUGAUGUAUUUGUCAGUUUUAUUAUUUAUCACACUUCAGUCUUAAUUUUCUGUUGGAGUAUACAUAUUUUAUAUAAACAGGUAUAAAGGAUGUACAUUUUAAGCAGUAAAAUUUUUAAUCCUGACAGUGUUUUAUUUUAAAGAUAAAUGUUUUAUCCUCUGUUUUUCUUGUGAUUUUCCGAUAGCCGGUUAUGAAGAAUUGCUUUGCUUUGAAAUUUUUACUGCUGCUGUGUGAGGGAAAGUUCUCUGUAAGGAAAGUUCUAUAUCUGUAUAUUAAUUUGUACUUCUAGCACAUUCAGGUAGAAUACUUUCCUUCAUUGUCUCAAAUGCAACAGCUUGUCAAUGUUUUGAUUAUAAUGCACCCUAUUGAAUAAGACUUGUGCGGAGAGCCUGUAGGUAGUGAGCAGGUUUAAUAUAACAUCAACUUUAUCAGCAGUCACUGUUUCUUUUUCGUGUUUGCUGCAUCAUGAUGAAUAUGGGAAGUGUGCUUCACCUUGAUGUAAGUUUAAGUCUACAGAAACUUUUAAAGUAGAAGUAACCAAUGUCCAACUAGAAGUCUGUAACUCUCGCUUAUGUCAGCUAUAAGCCGCAGUACACAAGUUAUAGCCUUCUCUCUCCAAACACAUACACAGCUAAAAAAAAAAAAAAACUUAUGCUGGACGGAAAGAGAGUCUACUGGCAUCCUUAAAAUGGAAGUUUGCCAUCAAAUUUCAGGUUGUGUUUAUUAUGCAUUGUGUAAUCAGUGUAUGCACAAGGUCUGGAAAACCUUGAAAUUCCUGGAAAUUUCAGUGACUUCACCAGGUCUGGAAACACCUUCAUAUUGAGAACCAAGGCGGUCUCAAAUACAGAACAUAUAUAUAAAAUUGUUUGAUGUACUACUUUGUACUAGUACUUGAAAGUUGAACUAUGGUAAUUUUACAUUGUUUUAAGCUUGUACAUGUAUAACUUUGGCACAUUUCUUCGAAGUCGCCUGGGAAAUUUGAAUUUUUCAAGGUGUGAUAUAUUUUCAGUAAGAUCUUGUGAAUGUCCACUGACAUCGUUCAACACACACAUCACCAGUUUGUGCCUGUUGGUGGUAAUGAAUAAACGGCUACAAACAAUACACACAUCACCAGUUUCUGCCGGUUUGUGAUGAUGAAUAAACGGCUACAAACAAUACACACAUCACCAGUUUCUGCCGGUUUGUGGUGAUGUAUAAAUGGCUACAAACAACACACACAUCGCCAGUUUGUGCCUGUUGGUGGUAAUGAAUAAACGGCUACAAACAAUACACACAUCACCAGUUUCUGCCGGUUGGUGGUAAUGAAUAAACGGCUACAAACAACACACACAUCACCAGUUUCUGCCGGUUUGUGGUGAUGAAUAAACGGCUACAAACAACACACACAUCACCAGUUUCUGCCGGUUUGUGGUGAUGAAUAAACGGCUACAAACAAUACACACAUCACCAGUUUGUGCCUGUUGGUGGUAAUGAAUAAACGGCUACAAACAAUACAAACAUCACCAGUUUCUGCCGGUUUGUGAUGAUGAAUAAAGGGCUACAAACAACACACACAUCACCAGUUUCUGCCGGUUUGUGAUGAUGAAUAAGUGGCUACAAACAACACACACAUCACCAGUUUCUGCCGGUUUGUGGUGAUGUAUAAACGGCAACAAAAUGCACACGUCACCAGUUUGUGUGCCUGUGGUGAUGGAAGAGCGGCUACAAACAAUCCACACAUCACCAGUUUCUGCCGGUUUUGUGAUUGUAUCACAAUACAGUAGUCCCUGCAAGGAUUCAGUGUUGUGUGGCUGACCUAAUGGAAAUUCUAACACUUGCAGAAAUCAGCAUUAGUGGGGAGUUCAUGAAGAAUUGACAGACAAUAGCUAGGCUUCCUUAGCAGUAUCUCACACAGCAGCACCUCUAUUACUAGUCUCUUAACCAUCAUUCAGCAAUAUUGUCAAGUUGUAGAUAAUUGUACAGAGCAGUGAAAAUUGUCAAAGGCUGAUUUUGAGGGGAAUGCUGUUAUUAAAACAAAGCAAUGAUAGAUUAUAUUGCCUUUUUUUUUUUUCAU